AUGGUCAAAGACAACAAAAUACCGGGCAUCAGUUUGCUAAAUAAUUUCCAGUCUACUGACAAGAGCAGAAUUCGCGUAAGGCGAGCAUAUGACAUUGGGCCAGGUUGUCUACUGAAAUAUUGUGACCUUCAGGUAACACCUCAAUCAGACACCAACCUGAAGGUAAUUGUGCCGUUUGGAGAACUGACAAAAGAGAAAGUCAUUGUGGGAGGAAGCUCAAAAACGAGCGCUGACAUAUAUUCCUGUCAAGAACGUGGCUGUGUGCUGACUUUCAGGUCACAACAGGAAGCAGAUGCGCACAUGGACACUGGAAAACACAAGAAUGAACUUGAAUCAGAGUCAUUAUAUGACACCAUAUGUAAGAAAUGGGCAACCUGA